UUGGAGAGCCAUACAUUGUCGUUUUACCAUCAUUUCGACGUCCUCUUGCAAUCCGACGUCCGAUAUACGGACGUCGAAUUGUUUUGCCCAAUUCUCAAUGUAUUAUGACUUCAUGGCACGUCCUGAGUGCGUAUGUCAAUUUUUGCCGAUGACGUCAGGUAUUCUCAUCGUGUACAAAAUCGUAUAUUUCAGUUCAAACAACGAACGACCGUAGCGCUGACUACUACCUCUCGCGUAUAUGUUAUAUACAUCUUCCCCGUUUCAUAUUGAGAGGAUUUGACGACAUAAAGUUUGGCAACAUAGUCUCAUAAUAAUUCUUAUACAGUGCGAUCAAGGGACGUCCGUUAUACUUUGUUAUCUAAAAAAAACUGUUUUCCAUGCGUAGCGUCGCUUCUCGAUGAAGUGCUUGGAUCUGCAUUUAUGAAUACUCACGAAAAUCGUCUAUCCACUUAUCACCGUGUGAUGAAGUGAUGAUGAUGUGAGAGACAGAAAGGAGAUGAUAGUAUAUCAAUUAACUACCUUCGUGAAUUUCAUAACGACCAACCGUUAUGGGAUGUUUAAUUGAUAUCUUUGUUUUUUAUGGAAAUUGUUGAUCUGCUAUAUAAAUAUUUUUUUUUAAAUAUUAUUGAUAUUAAAUGGAAAAUAACAAAUAAUAAGGGUGUGGUAGAAAAAUCUAUCACAGAAAUUGGAAUGACCGUCGAUAAAAACAAACGACUCGAAUCAUUGAUUCUCUAGAUUGAAUGUAUUUUCGAAAGUAAUAUAUCCUUUAUUCCUGAAGGCUACCUCACACGGUCAAUAUUAUUGAAGCAAUAUCCAUAUUCAUCAAUAUAAUUAACGUGUGAGGAGUACAUAGAAAUAAUCAUAUCUAUUGAUGGCGAUAAUUUAAAAAAAAUAAAGAAGCACUGACCUGAAAUCAGAAGCUUUUGCGCGUUUGUCUAUAUUGGGAAAAAGAUAAAUCCAAUUUGAAUACCCUGAGGGCUAUUGAUUUGAUUCUACUCGUUCAUGAAUUCAUCUUUCCUUUUUGAAUCUUAAUUCUACGCUGAAAGUUUUGAAGUCGUUCCUUCCACCCUGUAUACCUCGCGGACUAUUUUCAUACCUACAAACUACAUUUUCAUAAAAAUUGGUCGAGUCGUUUCGGAAAAGUUCGUAAAUUAUCACCGUAACACGGAAUUUUUACAUAUAAUAUUUUCCUCGUUGAAAUUUCAAAGUUCAUCAACUUCAAUGGUUAGUUCGAAAAAAACGUUGUCUCAGAAUUAGUAUCUCAUCAUUCUCAACCCACAUUGGAAUUGAUAUACAUUAAUGCUCCGAUCGGUCAUGAAUUAUAACACAAUAUAUUAAAUUCUAUUGCUUAUACAUCUUCACGAAAAAAAAAAUGUGAUACAACUAAUUCUUGGAAUAACAUUAGGCGAAAAUAUAGGGACCAAUAUGAAUAAAUUUCCAAUUCAAUUUCAAUUUGACGACAAACAUCAAUUCAAUAAUUGCAACCAAAUGAGAGAUUUAGGGUUUUUUAACAAAACUACAAAGAAUCUAUAGGGGCACUUGUAUAGAUCUAUAUAUUAAUUUAUUUUGAUUAAUCAGAAUUGGGGAAAACAUUCUUUUGACUUAUUCGUAUGUUUUUAUUUUUUUUAUGAUAUUCCGUUACUAGCGUAACUAUACACAUAUCUUAUCACACUAUUCCUAAUAGUCAAAUAUAUACAUGUAGGGCUUUUUCUGAUAACUUUGGAUUUACAUCUUCCGAACGAAUUAAAAAACUCUGCAUGCUGAAUUUUAUCGAAUGGAAUUUGAUGUAAGCAGUAUAUACUGACAUAAGAUACUAUUUUUUCAUCCAGAAAAAUCUUAUCAUUUAUGAAUAUUUCAAUAUUUUAGAAAGUAUGCAUCCCCACAUUCUUUUUUGUUCUUUCACAACCCUCUUAUUAAUUUGAUUGGAAUUUACCAGCUCUUGAAUGAGUGUAUCAACAGGUCCGACUACUGUAUAUACUCCGUACAGAGUCAGCUUUUUCGACGUCCAUUUCAUUAGGGUGUAUUUUCAUGAGUCGCUUUUUGGACGUCCAUAUAUAACAAAAUGUUAUUAUGAAUUAAUUUAUGUUGAUGAAUUUCUCUGAGAAAUAUUCGAAAACGGAAACAUGAUUCAAAACAGAAACUGUUCUUAUAUUGGAACAUUGAACAACAAACCCUAACUAGAACAUUUGAAAGAAACAAAUACGGCAUUGCAUCAUUUUAAUUCUUACGAUGAUUCCUAUUAAUUUGGAUCGGACUAAACCGGAAAAAUGCGAAAUUUUAGCGGGAAAAGAUCUGGAAUUGAGGAGUUCCUAUGAUAUCGUUUCAGUGUUGUUGUGAGAGUGUAGGUAUAAGAAAGUGCAAGAUGAACCGCCACCUAACCAGAGCACGAAAAAUUUUAUCGAGCGCAUUGGGUAAGUAGCUAUUUUAUUAUAAUUUCGGAAAACAUAUAAUAAUAACAUAUAAUAGGAGAGUAAUAUUAUGUAAUACCAACAGAGACCAAAUUCUAUAGUCUAUACCCAAAGUUUCUCGAUUUUAAUAUGGAAAUAGGCAAUAAAUAUUGCUUAGCAAUUUCGCGGAAGACGUUUUAUCGAAAUUUUGAAAUAUAACAAUCGAGAAAUUUCACCUGCUGAGAUUUUAUCUCGAGUGGUAUUCGGAAACACUAUACAUGGAAAAAUUAUUCGCAAAGUAAUAUGAUCACUUUCGACAAAUUUUCAUUUCCUAAACUAUUUUGAAUUUGGAGAAAUGACCAAAUAAUGGCUAAACGAAGUUGUUAGUCUAGCCGGCUUGCAUCGUCUUUCAUUUUCUAAAUAAAAAUGGAAUGAGAAUGUCUAAUUACUGAAGAAUGAAAGGAUAAUUUUCACAUCAUAUUUUUCUUUUUCGGAACUUUUUUUUCAUUUUGGCUUUGCACUUCUUUAGGAGAACGAGAAGCAGACCUAAAAAUGAAUGAAGAAUUGAAAAACAAUUCAUGGAGAAAGUUUUGUAAUGUUGACCCUAAAGAAUCUUUCAAAAACUCUGACUUUGAAGUACCAAAAGAGAUGGAAUUUGUUGAAAAAAUCCCAGAGAAUGAAAAUGAGGCAGAUGAUGCUGGAGUCCAAGAAAACUUGUCUUAUUCUUUAUCCUUUUCGGAUUUAGACGUUGACUACGUUCCGUCCAGUUUUGAGAUCUCGAAUGAGGAUAAUUGCAAUUCCCAGGAUUCAGAUAUACCAGUUGAAAUACUUAAUUUCGACACGACCUCUGAAGCAAAGGACUUGGGAAUUAUGGAAAAAGAAAAAAAUAUGAAACAGAAAAAAAUAUAUAAAAAGAAGGCACCUGAGAGGGACAAUUGCUACUUUUGUGAGACUGAGGUUCUUAAUUUUAGUAGACACAUUGCAAGAUGUCACUCAGCUGAGAUAGAGGUGCAGCGAUUACUUGCGAAGCCUGUGAAGAGUAAGGAAAGAAAAAAUCUAAUAACGAGCCUAAGAAAAAAAGGAAAUUAUUUGAGAAAUUCCGAGGUAUGUUCCAAGCCGAUGAAAAAACCACCAGGUGGAGAUACCAGUGAAUAUUUGCCUUGCCUUUACUGUCUCGGAUUUUACUCUCGUAAGCAGUUGUGGCGACACAAGAAGAGGUGCACAGAAAAUCCUCACUUGGAGAAUAACAUAAGCUCCACUUCAGCAUUAUACUUCAAAAAUCAUAAAACAGAUCCUGAUUUACGUGACAAAGUAUUUCCUAGAAUGAGGCCUGAUAAAGUGUCUAUAGUUGCCCAACAAGAUGCACUUAUUUGUGCUUUUGGGUCACGUUAUUUGAGGGUUCACCGAGAGAAGCAUUUCAGAAAUGUGACUUCAAGAAAAAUUAGGGAACUCUCCCGAUUAUUAAUCGAAGCCAAGAAACUCGAUAAAUCAAUCAACACAAUGAUGGAUAUGCUCCAACCUAAAUAUUAUGACACAGUUGUAACAGCUACCAAACUUUGUACUAAGUAUGAUAAGUCUACAGAAUGUUUUCUGUCGCCAACAUUCGCCAUGAACAUAGCAACUUCAUUAAAGCAAUGUUGUGACUUGGCAAUAGUAUUCGCUCUAAAAAGAAAACAUAUUUAUGCAACGGUAUCUGCAGCAAACGCUGAAUCGGCAAUAAAAACUUUCGCACAGCUCAUUGAAGCCAACUGGAGGUAUGAUAUUUCAACCGUUGCAUCGAAUAAUCUGCACAUAAAAAGAUGGAAUAAAAUAACCAUCAUACCCUUAGCCAAAGACUUGAAACUGAUGAAAAAUUACCUGACUACUGAAGCUGAUAAAUCCAAACAAAAAUUAAGUAGUGAAAAUGAAAACAAAUCGGCAUACAAAGUUUUAACUGAAACUGUCUAUUGUAGGGUGUUAUUACUUAAUAGAAAGAGGCCAGGAGAAUUACAGAGACUAUUAAUCGAUUUAUAUAAUCAAUCAUCCAAAAGACAAAAUUAUGAAGAAUUUUCCGAUGCUAUUUCACCUACGGAAAAAAUUUUAAUGAAUCGAUUCAAGAGAAUAAGAUAAUAAGAGGAAAGAGAAAUCGCGGCGUUCCUGUCCUAUUCAGCACAGAAGUUCAGAAAGACAUCUCAAUAAUGAAUGAAAUAAGACACAAAUAUGUCAGAGAGGAAAACAGAUUUUUAUUCGCCCUUCCUGACAGCGAUUCACAUAUCGUGGGUUAUAAGGUUCUGGCGAAAUAUGCAAAAGCCUGUGGGGCAGAAAGACACGAUGCACUUACAUCUACGAGACUAAGGAAGCACCUAGCCACCCUAUCACAGAUAUUCAGCAUGACGGAUUCGGACUUGGAGCAAUUAUCAACAUUUAUGGGACACACUCCUGGAACCCAUAAGAAUUCUUAUAGAUUGCCUGAUGACGUUUACCAAUCAUCUAAAAUUGUGAAAAUUUUGCUCCUCAUGGAACAAGGUAAUGUAUUUGAAACACAUAACUCAUUGAAAAUAUUAUUGCAACUAUUAGUAAGCCAAUACUAAAUUGGUCAAUUAUCUUAUCAUUGCAGUUCAGAAAUCACUUACGAAACAAUCUCUACGUGGAAUUUUAUUAUUUUAUCCCAAAAAUAGUAUUAUAUAAUACAGUACUUCUCACAUGGCAACAUGAUUGAAGAAGAAAUGAUGUUAAAGAAAGAAUUGAUCUAUACCUACCAUGCAUGCAUAAGCAUAUUUGUAAAAUAAUGAUGAUUAAUAUUGUUGGUGGUGAAUUAAUGUAUUUGCUAUCAGAAUGAAAAUAAUGAGAGCUUUUCAGAGCAAUUUGAAUUUAAAAAAAAUUUCAUGGAUUUUUUGUUGUAAGUUGUGUGUACCGUUUAUCUUCAAUUCCCAAAAAAAAAGCACUAAAAGAGCGCGAAUAAACUAUUUUCAUUCUGAAACCAGGUGAGGUAAACGAGUAGUAACCCAAUUUCGAAACAAAAUAGUCAUAUCUGAGAUUGUUUAUUGAAUUCUUUUACUAAGCGAGAUAUGUCAGACUCAGAUUCUGUCCUCUUUUCGAUUUUGCUCUGAAGUUCUGUAUCUAGUAUAGUGUCUACAAUUUUGCCAGAUUUUCGAAAGAUUAUCAUCCUUCAAAUCAGUUAAUUUGGUUUAUGAAUUUGAAAUACUCAAACAUUUUCGCAUUGAAAAAAUUUCAUUCGGAUGAUUAAAAACCGAUUCAAUGGAAUUCAUUCAUUCAUUUUGUUAAAUCUAGACGCAUUAGCCCAGAUUAAUAAACUUCAGAGCUAAAUUCAUACAAGAAUUAUAUAGCAUGU